UAUUCAAAGAUUUUUCUUGCACAGUUCAAGAUUUCAAAACCAAUUUAAAUUGUUUCUCUUGAUUCUGAUAAACCAUGGGUCUCCGUUUGCCUGGUGUUCUUUCUAGGAAGUGCCGAAACGUCUUGACAGCAAAUAAAGCAGCUCCGGCAUCUUCAGAUGUACCAAAAGGCUUUUUGGCUGUUUAUGUUGGAGAGAAAAAGAUGAAAAGGUUUUUGGUUCCUGUAUCCUAUUUGAACCAUCCUUCAUUUCAAGAUUUGUUGAGUAAAGCUGAAGAAGAAUUUGGGUUUGAUCAUCCAAUGGGUGGUUUAACAAUUCCCUGCGGAGAAGAUGUUUUCAUUGAUGUUGUUUCCAGAAUCAAUGGAUUAUAA